CCGGCGAUAUUAGCUAGCAGUCGCUCUACAGUAUUCUCUGUAAAAGGGAAGACGGUAAAACCAAGAAAUUACACCUGGAUUGCUAAAGGACUGUACUUAAUAAAUUAUAACGAUCAAGCAAGGACUAGCUAAUUAAGUUGAAAACGUAACCAACAUUUAAUUUCUGUUAUUGGUGUCUGCUGUGCCACGAUGGAAGAGAACGGUGCACACUUCUUCGAGGGAACCGAGAAGCUGUUGGAGGUGUGGUUCUCCCGGCAAGAUGAGAAUAAAGGAACAGGGGACCUCCGUACCAUCCCAAGGUUUGAGUGGGACAAACUUCUGGAGAAUGUGCACUGUUUGAUCAUAAGUGUGACGAAGACCGACAAGCAGGAAGCUUAUAUACUCAGUGAGAGUAGCAUGUUUGUCUCCAAGAGACGUUUCAUUUUGAAGACCUGUGGAACCACCCUCUUACUGCAAGCACUGAUGCCCCUGCUGGAACUCGCCAGAGAGUACUGUGGCUUUGAUGCCAUCGAGGAUAGGUCAGAGGUUUUAACUCCAUCUCCUCACUACCUACAGAAUUUCUUCUAUUCUCGCAAGAACUUCAUGAAGCCCACCCAUCAGGAGUUCCCUCAUCGGAACUUCCAGGAGGAAGUGGAAUUUCUCAGCCAGAUUUUCCCAAACGGAGCAGCGUACUGUAUGGGACGUUUGAACUCUGAUUGCUGGUACCUGUUUACUCUGGAUUUGCCAGAGUUCUGGGAGAACGAGCAUGCGGAUCAGACGCUGGAAGUUCUGAUGAGUGACCUUGAUCCAGCAAUUAUGGACCAGUUCUUCAUGAAAGACGGUGUUUCUGCAAAUGAUGUCACUCGUAUGAGUGGAAUUCGUGACCUGAUACCAGGUUCUGUGAUUGACGCCACAAUGUUCAACCCAUGUGGAUACUCAAUGAAUGGAAUGAAGACUGAUGGGACUUACUGGACGAUCCACAUCACUCCAGAGCCAGAGUUCUCCUAUGUCAGCUUCGAAACCAACCUCUCUCAGACGUCCUACGACGAUUUGGUCAGGAAAGUUGUGGACGUGUUUAAGCCAGGAAAAUUUGUGACGACGCUAUUCGUUAACCAGAGCUCCAAAUGUCGCAGUGUCUUUUCUUCCGCCCAGAAACUCGAGGGGUACAAGCGCCUCGACCGCCAGUUGGCCCAAUUCAACGAUUACAACUUUGUCUUUACUAGUUACGCCAAGAGCCGCCAGCAGAACCAGCAAAGUUGAGGUUUAAGAAUGAAAAAGAAGCGUAAGAAGAAAGGCGGCUGCGUAGGAGGGCUCGCCCCCCGUGGCUGUCUUUCUGUCCUAGCGGAGAGGCCCACUACACUCUGCUGCCAUUGUCCAGGAUUUCUUGGUAUCGAGGCCACAGGCCCUAAUAGUUUGAAUUGUAUGCAUUGUUGUACCUAUAACUUAGCUCUCUUGCAUGAAAGCUCUUUUUUCUGUUUAGAUAGUCUAGUGCACUCUUGCUGUGAUCUUGAAGUGCAUGUAGAGGAAUUAAACAUGCUCUGUUUGAGGCUGUCCAGCCUUGCCCCGUG